UCUCGAACAAGUAGUAAACAGAACUACCGGCUGUCCAAUUAUAGACGUUAAAGGACCGGCAUGUUUGGCGAUGUGUACGUAGUAAAAGGCUGGGAAGAGGGAGAUGGGCUUUGGCGUGAGGGAGGGAGGUGUAGGUGUUGUGCUCUGCAGCAGCAACAGCCCACGCUAGGGGAUUGUCAGCCUCUUCUUUUUCCGCGCCCCCCCCAGCCAGGGUUUGGCUGUUGUUGUCACCUUUCACCCUCCAGUCUGUCAAAUCUUGAACUUCACUCCUCAUCAACCACUUUCAUUUUUCUUCUUCUGCUAUAAUAAUAACCUUGAUUCUUAGCUUUUCGCAAUAUAGGGGUUCGGUGACUCUGCGAGUUGUCUUUUGGCCAUUCUCGUAUCCUGGCAAACAAACAAGAGGUGUUUGUGUGUUGAGUGAGGCUCCUUCAAGCUGUCCCAAGGUGAGCAAGACCAACAACACUAUCCUCACCUCACCUCAACCAACCUCCUUCAACCACCCCACCCGCCUUCUGAGAGCUGUAUCGACCAACUACCACCAGCCAGCUACUGCCAUCGCUACCGAUCCGUGGCUAUCUUCAAGGGCUGUCGUCCUCUUACUUAGAUGGCUCCACCUCUUUGACUACAGUUAGAUUGUUGCUAGGGACAAGGAGGCGACCAUUUGUGCCAGCUUUUUCCAAUAAUAGCCCUUUGUUCGACUCCGGAGUUUACACUUAUAGCUACACUAAACGUUUUGUUUCCUCACAUUUUUUAUACCCCUGAUAUCCCGCAUCUCCCUUUUUUCUUUCCCCUUUUUGAGUAUGCCAUUGCUCGGCUAGCCGUCUCAUGAUGGGUGUUAACACCCGCAAACCGACGCUUCCAGCUCCUACCGACUCCUCGUUCCUUGAUACAACAGGAGGCGGUGCGACAGGGACAGACCUCGCAACUGAUCUUUCUCGACGUACCGAUAAGACGUCGUACUCCAUCCCGGAUGACGGCAGCCCCAUUACUAUCUCUACCCGCCGUCGAUCUCAAAAUCGAGAAGACUCCAAACUCUCCAGAACCUCUCACCAGUCGCAAACUUCUCUUUUAAUCGAAUAUUUUGAGGGGGGAAAGAAGGGCGGGGGCCUUAAUUCUCGACCUAGCGUUAGAGUAAAAGUAACGCCAUCUGCUGCUCGCAAGCUCAGAGACCAAAACGACCACAUCCAGAUUAGUGAAUCUGGAGGGGGAAGAAAGCCUACAUAUACGAGGCGCAUUUCUUUAGGAACGCCAACUCGAACUAGGGAAAUUACUGAAGGUGCAGCAGAUGAUCUAAGUAUCAGCUCAAUUGGAUCUCUGGCGGACGAAGCCGGUGCUACUCGCCGUUCACCAUUGGAGAUAGAGUUUUCUAGGGACAGUGAGGUGUCGGCCAGGUAUAUUCAGCCAACAUCUGAUAUAUCCUCCAUGCCCCAGGACAGCAUGUUGGAAGGUUCGAGCUCUAUGUCUCACGUUCGCCGCCAACGAAGCCAUAGCUUAAGUAGUGGCGACGGUCAUGAGCAACCCCGCUCUCCGGGUAUGUUGAAAACUCCUUCCAGAAGGAGAAGUCGAAGUUUAAGCAGAGAAAGGAUUGCGUAUAAGGCGGCAGAGAAACUUGGUGCUGUCCCGCGGGAUGCCACUCGCUCGAAACACAGACGUAGCGAAAAGAGCCGAAGUCGAAGUGUAAGCAAAGAAUUCCUACAACCUGAAGGGAAAUCCUCGCGUCGACGUUCAGGCAAACACCGAGAGAAGGACUUGACCAGCGCAGAAUCGAGUCUGUUAAGCAAUUCUCUCUCCCCCCAACUCAAAUCUGGAGAUCAAUAUUCUUUCCGUUCAGGGACAUCCAAAUCGUCAAUAAACAACCCAAGGUUGCUGGAAACUGUUGAGGAUGCUAUUCGACGACUCAUCCUGCCAGAACUCAAAGAAUUGAAGAAAGAUCAAAAAGUACACGCGAAUCGAACCCAAUUUGAGCGCGAUACGAACGGUUCUCUCGGUUCGGGGAGUAUUGGCUCUAGGGAUGAGCUGGGGCGGCGCCUGUCUAAACACGCAAGUGCUCCAGAUGUCACCAAACCGCGUGUGAUCGUCAGUAGUGGCAGCAAAGAUCCAUUAGUCAUUUCUGACGGAUAUUCGGGGAGACCCAGGGAAUCCAGACGGGAGAAACCACGGGAGUCACAAUACGUUAAAUCGUAUACGCGAAGGUUUUCCGAAGAUUCUUACCCCUCGGAUGAACCCAUACAGAGGAAAAAGUCCAAAGGACUUCGCGAUGCUGAAGCUGCAGCAAUUGUCGGCACGGCUCUGACAUCUGCUGCUCUUAAACAUCACGAUUCCAAGUCAAGCCUAGAUAAGCGGGAGCGGAGGAAGAAGCGCAGCAAGAGCCGAAGUCGAAGUGGAAGCAUCAAUGAAACUGAAUUGAUGUUCCAGAAGCAUGGAGUGCCCCCAAUGCCCCUACGCAGUGAAAUUGAUUCAGAAUUGACAAGAGAAUCGCUCUUGUCCCAACGGACCACUGGUACGGAAACUCCUCGUCAUGGUGAGGUGGCACGCCGGUCACCGCACGAAGUUGAGUCACCUAUUUCCCGAACACCAACUCAAACUCCCCGUGGAUUAGCGAACGAGCCUAAAUCUAGUGAUGGUUUGUCGGCGAAAGGCCUGAGUGCCCAAAGUCAGCCCAGAAGCCCAACCUUUGAUGAUGAGAAUAUCACCCCAACCAAGGCAGGAACCCACCCUGCAGACCAAACAUAUAUAGAUCACUUUGACGAACACCCCAACGACUACACCGGUCAUGCUCUCAGCCCGAUCCAGAGCGUCGCAAGCUACCGGGAUGAUGACUCAGAUAUUGGAGAGGAAACGGGAAAACAAGCUGAUAGUUCUGGAUCAAGAAAGGCAUUCCUAGCUCAAAAAGACGAGUCUGGCGUAGACCUUGGGUACGAACCAACCCCACGAACGUCCAAACAUGACUACUGGGCCGACAGUCAUCUCGAUGAAAGUGAUGAAUAUAGACAUUCGCUAGAGCAGGAUAGUUUGAGUGACGAUCGAGUUGAUACCCGCCGUCUGACGAACUCUACGGAAGACAGUUUAGAAGAUCCUUUUACUCCCGGCCAACAAGUUGCACAGGGCGCUGCAGCCAAUGCGGAAUAUGUCCACACACCUGUUGCGGUUGAGUCAGCCGUUGCCUCCCUCCUUGACCCAUCGGUGGUUGACAUGGGCUCUCUCCAAUCUGGUAGGAACUCCGCCUCUGGAUCACCGAGUAGAUAUCAGAGUGGAAGCCCGGGAUCAUACACAGGAGCGCAGCGAGGUUUUGCAGAAGUUAACCUUGGAAGCCCAUUAAAACAACGACAAGAUGCAUCAAGUCCUGAAGAGACAUCAUUCCAAAAGCGGAUGGGUGCUACAUCACCACCUCAAAGCGUCGAAGAUUCUUCCGACGACCAGCCGCACUUAGGAGCAACAGCAUUGCCCGGAGCUGGAAGCCCGAUCCCAGAAAUCGGUCAUUUCCCUGAUUCUGAAGAGUCAGAAAUAAACACAAAUCCUUCGAUUAUCCAAGGUCCUAUCGGCGGGAUCCCUCAUGAAAAUACAGACCAUUGGCCCUACAACCCAACACCCCCGCGACCGAAGGGAAAUGCCAUGCACAUGGAACCGAACGCUGAUGAAAUAGAGCCCCAAGCCCCCCUCGCGGAUCAUGAGAGCCCUAAUCCUGACACAGGCCACCGGCCCCCUUAUACCAACACCAAUUUUAACGAACCAUUUUAUGGGAAUGGAUAUGGAGAUGGAUACCCUUCUGGAAACAAAAUUGACCAGGGGCAAACAAGAGAUUCCUAUCCAGACCAUUUAUUAACUCCGCCAGGAGUAAAGGAUGAAGGCUACAUAUCAGGGGCAAAUCCCCGUUCGCCAAGUCUCGCUACUCCUGAGCCAAGAGGCCGCGACGAUCCGUUCACUGAAACACAUAAACGACAUUUGAGUGGUUAUUCCCAUGGCAUGCCCUCCCCACUUUACGAUAGUUCCACUGGUCACGGAAUUGAUCGGAUUCAAUCGAAGGACAUUGUUGCACUUAUGGACCAUCUCACCGUUCGUGAUGCACAACGAAAUGCUCGAGAUACCGAAAUCCUUGUGACUCUUGUGCGAAGUGCCGCGGAAAUGCGUAAUUCCUUCGAGAACAUGAAAAAGUUCAUUGCGCAGCAAGAUGAAAUGCUUAUGGAUGCGAGUGAUAAACAACAUGAUCGGACCCAGAAGCUCGUUGGAGGACCUCGACCUCAACCGCUCGGUAUUUCACGAACCCCUCGGCACACAACUGCCGACGAUGACGAUGAGCGAUCAAAGAGGAAAAAUGUCUUCAAACGGGCGUUGAAGGGCUUGAGUCUCAAAGGAUCUAACGAUCUUUCCAGGGUCGAGGACAUGCUCGUUCAUCUCCUUCUAGAAGUUGAGGCUUUAAGAGCUGCUCAAGAGGGCCGAGCACCGGGGACUGGAGGCGCUAACUCGAAAGAAAAUUUAUAUGACCCUGGUCAAGAUGGCUAUGAGCCUGAAGAUCAAGCUGAUACUUCAUCAACAGGAGGAGGUGAUAGGUCCGGCUAUUCGAAUUCCCCUCGUAUGGCUGGAGAUAUGAAAGCUGCAAGUAUCCGGCGUGGAUCGGACCACCGAAUUAGCCCUGUUAUGGAGGAUGACGAAGAUUUAGAACCAUUAACACCGGAUGAGCAGGAUUUGCUUGACCAGCAAGUAGCCACUGACGCCCAGCUCAUGGGCUGCCAUAAACGGGGUGGUUCUGCCCCAUUGGGCACUCCUCCGCGAGUCCCUCUUGUGUCCGGGGCACUGAGCACAGAUACAACCCCUAAAACGUCCAACGAAAAGUCUCGAAAACACAAAUCAAGUAGCUCGUCGUUUUUCCCAAAAAUUUCGCGGUGGUCGAAAACGACAGCUUCCUCCAUGGGUGAGAACAUCCGGAAUAGCAUCCAAACCGGUCGCAAGGAUCGACACUCCUCAGAGCUAUCCCGAUCAGGCUCGGACCUAGGACAGGACGGAUACAAUACUGGUGACUAUUACGAUCAUCGCGGGGAUGACAGACUACGAUCAAACACGAGCUUAGAUCAACGGCAGGAGAACCGCCCCCCGUCCCCUCUAGUACCCUCGCAGCUUUCGGAGUAUCCGAAGUAUCAGGCACAUAGGGAUAGCUUGAAUCUACAACAUCCUCAACCGCGCCAGGGACCCACAGAUCGUUAUCAAUCCCAACUGGAAUCGCAAGCUCAAACCUUUGUAACUCCAGUAGCUCUUAACUCGGAUGCUUGGGCAUCCAAUGCUAGCCUGGGACGGAUGACCCCUAACCCAAAAGCUCCCGGUUCGGACGGCGGAUAUUCCGAUAGGUCGUCAGCUUCUGGGAGACGAAACGCGCCUCCGCGCCCGCCAAAAAUCAGAGAUGAAGGUCCGUUGGUUCCCCAACGACCGCCUCAGGGAAAGGGGGAUGGACAGCUCACUUAUGCAGAACGCAUGGCUACGCGUGGCUCUCGCCACUCAAAUUACGAUCCUGCCGGUGGAUCUCCAAUUAGGUCUUCGCCUAAGAGCAACACUCCCCAGCGAAAACCCACAGGUCCGCGCCCUAUCACUAGCUCUGGAUACCCUAGACGACGGCAGUAUAGAGGGAGCCCACAACAAGUUGAUGACGACGACUAUUAAAAUGAUGGAUAUUGGAUUCUAUUUCCUCAAUGUUCUAUCCCACCCACCUAUUUGCUUUUCUCGUUUUCACAUUGAUGUCUAAAAGGGCGUGGCCUUUCCUGGGGCAUGCAUGGGUUAUUGCUUUUUUUCUCUGGGUUGUUUUUGUAUCUCAGUGUUUUAUAGCGACGAAGGGUUUCCAUGUGGAGUUUUUUCCGGCUCUUUCAUUUCAUUUAUGUUGUCGUUGUGUUUGAUAUGAAUGAUGAUACGGAAAUGACCCAGCUUUGAAGCUUUUGCCUUUUCUACGUUUUUUUACUCCUGUUAUACUUGGCCAUGUAACUUGCCUUUUUUUAUUCCCUUUUUAAUUCAUGCUGAUAUUGUGCGACUUUCUUCCAAACAUUACUUGCUUAUUGUCUCGAUAUUAUUUUUUCUACCUUUUUUCUACCUUUUUUCCUACUUCUUUUCGGCUGGCAGAUCCCUCCCCUUGACAUACCUCUUUGUCUAUCAUAUGUGCGGAACCCAAAUGUUAAAAUGAUUUCCGUUACUAUCCAUUUAUUUUUCGUUCUUGCUCCAAAGCCUUCAUGCCCCGGCUGCUGCCAUUUGCUCGCCAAUUACCUACGAUCUCAGCCAGGAAAGAGAAAUGAUACGAGAUAAAUCAAAUCCUCUGGCUCCUCCCGCCCAAACUCAAUAUAAUAUUAACAACCAAACUGAAGUUUUAAUAUUAAAAAAGCAGGAACAUAAAAUGGGAAAAACUGACGCUGAUGUCCUCA